AUGCGCUCUAUGCCUACGCCCAUGACGGACGCUGAUGAGCUCGACACGAGUCACGAACCAGCGUGGCUGCAUGAAGUUGACAGAGUAUGUUCAGCACUGGAAGGAGCUCCUGAGAAUCUGUUCGACGAAGAUAAGUGCCAAGUGGUAUAUGAGGGCGCUUCAAAGGCCGCUCAAGAGUUCUUCGCCUUACUUGCGAAAAGCGAGGAGGUUGAUGGGCUUCUGGGAGCGUUGCAGAACUUGGUGGUGGAGGGUUUGGACUUGGACCAGAUUUGGCAGGAAAUAGAGAGUCAACAGAAACCGCUGGAAAAAAUACUGAAGAAAAAAAUGAAGUUCUUGGAGAAGUUGGCAGCUACUGAUGGCAUUCAACUCCUCUCUGAUGUGGGAGUGGGGGCUACUGAGGUUAGCGAUGCGAGUACGGCGAGCGAGGGAGAGGACGAGGAUGCUGACAUGGUGAGUGAGGCCAGCUCGACUUUGGGGUCGGAUCAAGAAGAGGAGGAGGAUGGAGAGGAAGAGGGAGAGGAGGUUGAUAAGAAGGGUCCAAAGAGAUCGGCAGUGGAUGAGGGAUUGUUCAAGCUCGCGGAUAUGAAUGACUUCUUAGAGAGUGAGGAUAAGAAGGAUGCUGAGAUAGCGGCUCGCAAUAAGGCUAAAGGCCAGGCGGGAGAGGACGAGGAAGAGGAUGAUGAUGAUGAUGAGGAGAACGAGUGGGGUGAUGACGAUGAGUUCAUGGAUUUGGAGAAGCCUCUUGAAGACGAUGGUAGGCCUCCUUAUGUGCCUUACAGUCUAGAGGAUAGAGCGACUUUAGAUUCUGAGGAGGUUGGAGUCGAUAAGCUUAUGUAUAGUGACUUCUUUGAUGCUCCGGAAGAGGGAGAUGAGGUGGCCGUAGCGGCAACCGCUCCUUUGAAAUCUACGGAUGAUGAAGAUGAAGAGGAGGAAGGUUUGGGCGGCUUACCGGAGGGGGAGAAUCUCGAUGAUGAGGAGGAAGCUGCACUCGAGGAGCAGUUGAAGGAGAUGCAGGGGGAACUCACUGAAGGAGAAGAGGAGGAGGAGGAAGAGGAUGAAUCGGUAGUCGCGGCUGAUGAUGAGGAGGAGAAGGCGUCUCCUGUUGUUGCUGCUGCUGCUCCUGUCGUGGAGUCGAGACGCUCUGAGACUUCUGCGUUGAAGAAGAGGAUAGAGGAGAUGGAGAAUGAGAUAGAGGAGAUGGAGCGAGAACAGUUGGAUGAGAAGCAUUGGACGAUGACAGGCGAGGCCACCGGCAGCAGCCGACCUUUGAACUCUCUUUUGGAGCAACAUAUUGAUCUACCCUUCUCCAAGUUGGCGGCGAGGAGGGCUGAGAAACAGUGGGAGGAUGGAGAAGAGGAAGAGGAUGAGCUUACACAAGGCACUGCUGGGGCCUUCAAGCUUGAUGUGGAUGCCAUUAUCAAGCAGAGGGUCGCUGACGAACUGUAUGAUGAUGUGAUUAAGCGUAGCGAGGAAGAGGUGCUGCGGCUAAAGGGUAGCCAAGAAGGUGAUGAUUCUGUGGAGACUCUAAACUUCCAGAAGUCAAGGUUGGGUCUUGCUGACGUCUAUGCUAAGCAGUAUGAGGCGGAGAUGCUAGGGCAGCAGACUGAUGCGGAACUACAGCAGGACGCAGACCGGGUUGAGCUCAGGAGGCUCUUCGCUAAGCUCAUGCAUAAGCUGGACACUCUUACUAAUCAGAACUUCACUCCUAGACCGGUGCUUGAUUCAACCUUGUCGAAGGCAGCUAAGGACGGUGAUGCUCCGGCCAUUCGGAUGGAGGAGGCCGUACCUAUUACGGUGGCUGCUGGUGGUACUGAAGGGAAUGAGGUUACGAAGGGCCCGGAGAAGCAGAAGGUGAGAGAGGAGAUGAGUACUGAGGAGAAGGCGGCAGUGCGGGGCAAUAAGAAGGCUAAGAGGCGACAGAAGGCUAAGGAGUCGAUUGAGAAGGGUAAUGUGACCGUGGGGGAUAGAAGAGCGAGAGAGGCCAAGUUGAUUGAGAAGAACAAGAAGGAGAAGGCGGAGAGGAAGGCUCGGAAGGAAGGCCCUGGCAACGACAAGAGUAACCGCAAGAUCCGUACUACAGCACUGAUGGCUGCUGCGGCGGACUCGGCUGGUCGGGAUGUACGGCGAUCGGAAGCGAAGAGAAAAGAAGGGCGGAGCGAUGCUACGGCUGGCGGCAGCAAGCGGGUUAAGCUAUAG